CAGGGUUAGAAUUUUUCUUAAAUAUGGACGAAAAUAAAUUAAUGGUGGAUAAAUUGCAAGCAAAUAUUAACAAACAAUGGGUUAAACUAAACGUCGGUGGGACAUAUUUUUUAACAACAAAAACUACCCUAGCCAGAGAUCCUAACUCUUUUUUAUACAGACUAGUACAAGAAGACAGUGAAUUAAUCUCAGAUAAGGACGAAACUGGUGCAUUUUUAAUAGAUCGUGAUCCCACAUACUUUUCCCCUGUUUUGAAUUAUUUACGACAUGGAAAAUUAGUAAUAAAUAAGGGUCUAGCAGAAGAAGGAGUUUUAGAAGAAGCUGAAUUUUAUAAUGUGGCAGAAUUAAUAAGACUUGUGAAAGAAAAAAUUUAUUUGCGUGACACUAGACCAAGCAGGGAUAGUAAAAAGCAUGUGUAUAGGGUGCUGCAAUGUCAUGAAGAUGAACUUACCCAAAUGGUAUCUACAAUGUCUGAUGGCUGGAAAUUUGAGCAACUAGUCAAUAUUGGAUCACAGUAUAAUUAUGGCUCAGACGAACAUGCCGAAUUUUUAUGUGUAGUUAGCAGAGAGUAUGGUGUGCCAGAAACUUCAGAAGUAGAACAUAGCGAUCGAGGUAAAGUUCUACAACAAAAAGGUUCUCGUAUGUAAAAUUUUACUCAACUAGAAAGUAAUGUGACAAUUUGAACUUCUAUUUGUGAUAAAAUACUAGGAAACUCAUAAAAUUAGUAUAUCUGUGUGCAUUUCAUGCACAUCUUUUGUUGAAUAUUUGAAGAUAAAGAAUCUUUUGAUUUUUUUAAAGAUUUAAAUUAGAAUGUAAGCACUAUAAUAAACAUAUGUAAUAAUAUACCAAAAUAGUUUUUUAGCUACAUCAGUUUAAACACAUUUUGUUGACUUUGAAAAAUUGAUUGUAAUUAGUAGUUAAUAAUUUCUAUUAAUGGUGCAUACAUUUUGUCAUAAUGAUAAGGAUUCAUUUAGGCAAUAAAUUCAUUUUAUCAAUCAUGUGUUACUUCACAAGAUGUGUAAUUACUCCAGUACUAUUUUAAUUUUAGUCUGGCAAUACUUUUCUAAAUAAUAGGGAUGUUAAAUAUAUUUCUUGAUAUUUCUAAUAUAUG